GCAUGCACUGUCUGUCGUCCAGGAAUCCUUUAAAUCUAGUGUUCUCGUCUGAUUCACUCGCACUUUCGUUUUUGAAAAUUAUUAAGUUGAUCACUCGCCGGCUUGACUGGACAGUAUUCUUGUUUGGAUAUUAACGGUCCUCGGUCUUGGUAUUGGGAUUACAAAGUUCAUAUAAACAUAUCGAUCUGCUGUGAGAAAAGAGUUAUUUUGACGUAUCCAAACUCGAGAUUAACAUUCAAAAUGGCCGAUGACUUGGGCCCUCACCAUAAGCACGAUCAAAGUGCAACAACAAACAUCUCCAGCAAUACUGGCGAGGUAGCUCCCGCCUACGAGAAAGAUGAACUUGGAGCACAAGAAAAAGAGGUUCCUCGUAAAGGAGGAAUCGACCUCACUCAACUAUCCGCCAACACCACCGGCGAAAUCCGAAAUCCCCUCGUCGGUAUCCCCAAACAUCAACUCCUCGCCGACGUCGAAACAUUUGCAAAUAAACACAAUCUCACUGACAUUCUCCCAAACUUGAUCAAAGGAGCACUUGUUGCGCAAAGUCCUCAUCAUGCAGAUAAGAUUACGGAACUUGAUGAUGAGGAUCGAAGAGUUUUGGAGGAGGAAGUUACGCAUCGUUGGAAACAUCCUAAACAACUUUAUAUGACUAUUAUUUUGAAUUCCGUUGCUGCUGCUAUUCAAGGAUGGGAUCAAACCGGUGCCAAUGGCGCAAAUCUUACCUUUGGAGAUGCUCUAGGUAUUCCAGAUACAGGACCUAUAUGCGAAGCUCAAGGUACUUGCGAUAAGAAUGCGUGGAUUAUUGGUGCUAUUAAUGCAAUGCCUUAUAUGGCUAUCUGUCUCUUUACCGCAUGGAUCUCCGACCCCGUAAACCACUACAUCGGCCGUCGCGGUACCAUCUUCGUCGCAGCAAUCUUCUCUCUCAUCGCUCCAAUCGGCAUGGGUUGUUCCCAAACCUACGGCCAACUAAUGGCCUGUCGUGUCCUCCUCGGUAUUGGAAUGGGUCUUAAAGAAGUUACCGUUCCCGUUUUCUCUGCCGAAAAUUCUCCGACUAGUAUUCGCGGUGGUCUCGUCAUGUCCUGGCAAGUGUGGACCGCUGCUGGUAUUUUUCUCGGUACCUGUGCUAAUCUCGUGUUUGUGCAUUCUGGCGCAUUGGCAUGGAGAUUACAAUUUGGUUCUGCGCUCGUUCCUGCAAUUCCUCUUGUUAUUGGAAUAUAUUUCUGUCCUGAAUCGCCGAGAUGGUUGUUGAAGAAAGGAAAUGUACCGAAAGCAUAUCGAUCGCUAUUACGUUUGAGAAACUCGCCAUUGCAGGCUGCGAGAGAUUUAUAUUCUAUUCAGGCACAAUUGGAUUAUGAGGAUCGUUUGUUGGAACAGAGUGGAUUAGCGAAGAAUGGAAAUAUGUUUACGAGGUUUAUUGAGUUGUUUACGGUGCCAAGAUUGAGGAGAGCAACACAAGCGAGCGGUAUUGUUAUGAUUGGGCAGCAGAUGUGUGGAAUCAACAUCAUUGCAUUCUACUCCUCCACCAUCUUCAAAAACGCAGGCGCAACGACAAUCGGUGCACUUCUUGCCUCUUUCGGUUUCGGUCUUAUCAAUUUUAUCUUUGCGUGGCCUGCUGUCUGGACAAUCGAUACUUUCGGUCGGCGCACACUUCUCCUCUUUACAUUCCCUCAAAUGUUCUGGACUCUUCUCGCAGCAGGUCUUUGUUACUUCAUCCCCGAAUCGUCAAAAGCACAUAUCGGCAUGGUGGCCUUCUUCAUCUACCUCUUCGAUAUUGCCUAUUCCCCUGGUGAAGGACCCGUCCCAUUUACCUAUUCCGCCGAAGUCUUCCCCUUAUCCCAUCGUGAAAUCGGUAUGUCCUGGGCCGUUGCAACCAACAAUUUCUGGGCCUCGGUACUCUCUCUUACACUUCCUCGCAUGUUAUCCGCUAUGAAACCCCAGGGUGUAUUUGGUUUCUACGCCGGACUCAAUCUCGUCGCAUUCGCAUUAAUUUUCUUUUUCCUCCCGGAAACUAAACAGAGAACGUUGGAGGAAUUAGAUUAUGUGUUUGCGGUACCGACGAGAACUCAUGCGAAGUUUCAAAUUCAGCAGCAAUUUCCUUGGUGGGCUAGGAAGUGGAUUUUGAGGAGAAAGGGGGAGGUGGAGCCUCAACUUUAUAAGUUUGAAGAUGAGGUUUGGGUCGAGCAGGAAUUGGACACGAGAGGUGUUAGUAGUGGGCUUGAUGUGGGUGGGCAUAAGAAAGAACUUGUUUAAAUGGGUUGUGAAGGAGGUUGGUGGUGGUGGUGUCUACUAGGUGAGAGAAUUGGGAAUCGGUGAAUGGGUUUCUGAAAGGUUUCUUUUCUUUGGUUCGCUUGGGGGAGAUAAUUUCAUGGUUGGGAAGAUGAUUGUUGAUGAGGGCUGGUAAAGGAGAGAUGGAAGAUGAUAAUAAGAUGGCAGACGAUUUGUAACGGAAGAUAGCGGGUGCAGAUAAUGGCAAUCAACAGACAGACAGAAAGUUAAUUCUCUUUGGUCUUAAAUUUGGAAGAAAGAAAGACAAUCGUUGAGUUUUUUAAGAUACCACUAGUUUACAAUACAUCGUAUUUAUAUUACA